AGCCUUCUUCGUCCACUACAUUCUGUCCAUCGCCAACAUCUGCAUCGAGAGUCUUGUCAUAUACCGUUCACAGUCAUCAAAGUCGUCAACCAAAUUCUCCAACGCCAUCCCUACCCUUCAACAUGCCUGAGAAGCAGACCCGUCUUACCCUCGCCAUGGAGUCUGGCAUCCCCUUCGUCCUCAAGGCCGGCAAGGCCAGGUACACAUGCCGCCUGCAGGACCGCUCCUCAUACCAGCGCGCCAAGGCCCAGAGGGCGUCUUCUUCUGAUUCCAUCAACACCGAGUCGACCGACGGCAACUCGACCUCUUCUCACUAGACAUCGUCUGCCGGGGUUUUCAUUAUUAUUGCAGCAUGGCGUUAUAGUGGCGUAGCAACAGAUAUCAGGUUGGGUUGAACGGCAAGAGGUAUGCCAGGGGCGUCAAGAUCGCUCUAAAUGGACUAUGAGCCACCAUUUCACACGACGUUGAACGUGGAAAUAUUUGAAAGUCCAAUACAAACUGAAGCAAGAACCUAGAACAGACUAUUCUGGAGCUUCUGUCAUCAAC